AUGUCUCCAGGUCAUUACAUGGUGGCAACGGGGCAGAAUGCGCCUACUGACCGAAACCAUUUUGUCAACGAGGCCACGCGUUCUCUCGAAAUUAAUCAGUUACGUCAAUUGCGUCAUCAAAAAUGUACGACCCCCGAAAGAAGAAUCAAGUAUAUAUCUACGCUGACGUCACUUGGUGCCCAGAAACGUAAGAAAUAUACAAUUCAGCUUACUCAACGAGAAAAGCGAGCAUAUUCGACGAUAGCGCAGAUAGUGUGUCGCCUGGCUGAGGCACAGUUUGCGUUUUUUAUGAAUAAAUGCGAACCAAAUAUCACGAAAAUGAAAGAAUGGGCCCCAUUUGCUGGAGAAAAUAUGCCUCCUCCCCAAGAAUUAAAUGACUUAAUUGAUACUAAUAAUAAAGAUGACGACGUUGAUACAGUCAAUCCCGCUUUCACAGAGGAAUCGCUAUCAUUCCUCCUGCACGUCCUACUUCCGUCGUCUAAUGUCAAACCUGCAUCUGCUGAGACUGAGUUGAAGAUAGACUUGACUCUUUGCAAUCAACGAGCAUACAGCGAGCGUAAAGUCGACAGCAGAUUUAAUUUCACGAUUUCGAUCGGAAUUCAUCCUGAGGAUCAUCCUUUUAUGAGGAAUGAAGUCGGAAGGAAAGUCAGAGAAGCGUCAGUCAUUACGGAACAUGGGUUGGGGAGAGAUUUAGAACAUUUGGGAAGCGGGGAUGAGAACGUGAAGACAAAAAAUGAGGAGGUUGAGAACACGAUAAAUGGGGAUGUUGAGAAGGUACAGGAGGAAGAUGAAAGAAAAACGAAUGACAACAAUGCCGGUGAUAGUGAGGCGAAGAACGACACAGCGAAAAUUGAGAAACUAGCAAUUAAAUCCGACCAAGAAAGCGAAACAUACCUCUCUACUUCAACAACGACUGGCGACUCGAGAAAAAGGCAAGAUGGCACAUCCGAGACAAAAGAAAUAAAUGCCUCUCCCCCUUCAAUAUCUCCUCAAACUUUACAUCCGCCGCUACAAUGGAAAUAUCUGAUCGCCGAGUUAGCCAACCUCACUGGUUUUUCUUCAUUUCGUGCCAAGAAAGAUAGCCCGACCGAGUCUUUAUCCAACUCUCCGAAUACACGAUAA